AUGUCGACCAUCGUUCUGACCGAUGAGCUGCGCACGUUUGACGUGACGAAGCCCGAGGUCGCGGAGCUGGUGCGGCACGCGCAGGAGAGCGAUGCGGCCGACCGGCUGUUGACGGUGCGACAGGCGCUGUCCAAGUACAAGAAGGCCGUCUUCUGGGCGAUGUUUCUUUCCACCAGUCUUGUGAUGGAGGGAUACGAUUUAGUUAUUAUCACCUCAUUCUAUGGACAAAACCAGUUCAUCGAUCGGUUCGGAGUCAUCUCCCCCAAGACUGGCACAAAAGCGAUCCCCGCGAAAUGGCAGACAGGCCUGUCGAACUCGAGUAUCGUCGGCCAACUGGCGGGACUGAUGGUCAACGCCUGGGCGCAGGACCGGUUCGGAUGCCGACAGACGAUGAUGUUCUUCAUGUGCUGGAUGGCGGUGAUGAUCUUUAUCCCUGUGUUUUGCAACUCGCUGUCUGUCCUGGCGUUUGGAGAGGCCAUGUGCGGAGUGUCCUGGGGUGUUUUUCAAACCCUCUCAACCAGCUAUGCGUCUGAAGUCGUUCCUACCGUGCUCCGCCCCUAUGUGACGGCCUACGUGUGCAUGUGCUGGGGCGGCGGGAUCCUGCUGUCCUCGGGCGUGGUGAGGGCGGUGGCGGGCAUUGAAGGCAACCUGGCCUGGCGUCUGCCCUUUGUGCUGCAAUGGAUCUGGCCCAUCCCGCUAUUGAUAGGCGCCUACUUUGCCCCCGAGUCGCCGUGGAACGCCGUGCGCCGGGGCAAGCCCGAAGAGGCCCGGCAGGCGCUGCACCGGCUGGCGCGCGAGUCGCCGAAUAGAGAGCGCGAGGUCGAGGCGUCGCUGGCGUACAUCCAGCACACGACGAAGCUGGAGCAGGCCGAGACGGCGGGCGCCAGCUUCCUCGAGUGCUUCCAGGGGACGAACCUGCGGCGGACGGAGAUCAACUGCGUCGUCUGGGCGGCGCAGAUCCUGUGCGGCAACGCCCUGCUGGGCUACUCGGUCGAGUUCCUCGAGGCGGCCGGCUUCUCGGAACUGCAGGCGUUCGACGUCAACAUCUCCCUGUCGGCCUGCUACAUCAUCGGCGGCGUCAUCUGCUGGCUGCUGUUCCCGCAUCUCGGCCGGGCAACCAUCUACAUGGGCGGGCUGACCUUUAUGUUCUUCUGUCUCAUCGCGAUUGGCGCCCUGGGCUACGUCGAUGGAACGGGCGCCCAGAUGGCUGUCGCCGUCCUCUUUGUCAUCUCCACGCUGUGCAAUAUGAUCACCACAGGGCCCGCCUGCUAUCCCAUCGUGGCCGAGACGCCGUCAGGGCGCCUGCGAUACAAGACGAUCGUCAUCGGGCGAGCUGUCUAUAACCUCACCGGGAUCGUUUCCAAUAUUCUCACGCCGCGAAUGAUUUCUGCAACUGCAUGGAACUGGGGCGCCAAAGCAGGCUUCUUCUACGCUGGAACCAACCUGCUGUGCAAUAUCUGGUGCUGGUUCCGCCUGCCAGAGACAAAAGGCCGCACCUUUGGUGAGAUCGACCUGCUCUUCCACCACCAAGUGCCGGCCAGGAAGUUCAAAUAUACGAAAGCAGAUCAAUUCUCGUAUGAGCCUGAGAAGAAGGAGGCGGAGCAUGUGGAGUAA